AUGGCAUCCUCAACCUUGACUUUGAGAACCGUCUCCUCUUUCUCUUUGAGACCUGCUUCAAGAUCAUCACUCACCACUUCAUCCACUACAACCCUCUUACCCUUUACUUCCUCACACUCUCCUCUCUCCAAAUCUCUCAAACUCAACACCUCUUCCCCACUCUCUCAUCUCUCAGUCCCCCACAAGAGUUUCACUUGCAGAAGCCAGGCUGACCCAUCAUCUGACUCAGCCAAAGUCCAAGAACUGAGUGUGUAUGAGAUCAAUGAGAGAGAUCGCGGAAGCCCUGCUUACCUUAGGUUGAGCCAGAAAACUGUCAAUUCCCUUGGUGAUCUAGUCCCCUUCAGCAACAAGUUGUACUCUGGAUGCUUGCAAAAGAGGGUGGGGAUAACAGCUGGAAUCUGUGUUUUGAUCCAAAACAAAGCAGAGAAAAAGGGAGAUAAGUACGAGGCAAUCUACAGCUUCUACUUUGGGGACUAUGGUCACAUUUCAGUGCAGGGUUCUUACCUAACCUAUGAGGACACAUAUCUUGCUGUCACCGGUGGAUCUGGCAUCUUUGAAGGGGUCUAUGGUCAGGUCAAGCUGCAUCAAAUUGUGUUCCCCUUUAAACUAUUCUACACAUUCUAUCUUAAGGGUAUCAAAGACUUGCCUCAGGAGCUUCUUUACAAGCCCGUUGAGCCCAGCCCAGCUGUUGAGCCCAGCCCAGCUGCCAAGGCCUGUGAACCACAUGCUGUUAUUGCUGGUUUCACUGACUGA